AUGAGCAUUGAUACAAGCGAUUUAAAUGGCUCCAAUUUGGUGUGGAAAUUCUUGAACUUUCCUGAGUUCAGUCGAAGUGAGCUGCUGCCCUUUAAGCUCCUAGGAAUUUUAGAUGUUGAAAACAUUCCCUGUGCACGGGAUUCAAUAUUGUAUGGUUCAUUAGGAUCUGUUGUGGCCGGACUUGGACACUUUCUGUUAACUAGCAGAAUUAGAAGGUCAUGCGAUGCUGGUGUAGGAGGAUUCGUCCUGGUGACCUUAGGAUGCUGGUUCCAUUGCAGGUAUAAUUAUGCAAAGGAAAGAAUACGGCAAAGAACAGCCAGAGAAGGAAUGAAAAAUAAGAUUUUAUAUGAAAGCACCCACCUCGAUCCUGAAAGAAAAAAAACCAACAGCAGCAACUGAGUAGUAACUUGAACAUGGAAAA